UUUAUAACCUUGCAGUCUUAGCAACCAUCAACGACGACAUUUAUAUGUAUACAUAGAGAAAGGGUCCAUAGCUCCCCAUCUCUUCUCAUAGGUCAGUACCUUGUGGCUUGUUACUUGUCAGGUUCCCGCUAUUGCGUCAACUCCACCCCGGAUCACGAAUCUUACGCUACGCGACGCAUCCGCUGCCAUCCCAACCCCAUCCCGCCGCCAGCGCAGCCAACCUCAGCACAGAAAGAAUCCAGACAUCCCAUAUUCCCCCCACGAAUUCAACCGUUCUCUCUCUGGAUCCUGGGCUAACGAGACAAAUCAAACAAUGCAGCGCAAGAUUAGCAACAGCCACGAGCCACAGCCGCGGGUCGGGGCCCAUCCAUCCAAUCCACAGAAUCCACCACCACCACCGCCGUCAUCAUGGAUCGCUCCGACGACAGCUCCGAUCGUGUGAGAGACCCAGGCACAUCUGCAGCCACAAACAUCAAUUCAAGCCUCAAAUCCCAUCAUCGCACCGCAGACGGCCCGUCUAGCACGCAACAACAUCCCGCAUCACCCUCCACCUCUUCCUCCUCGACCGCAUCCUCGACAUCAAUCCACAACCCCACGAGCACAUCGGAUUCCUCCACCACAAGAAGAGACCGUCCGACACCGUACGCACAAACGUACUCGGACCUCGUGGCCGAGGGCAACGCAAUCGCAUCCGGGAUGGCGAGUUCGCGGCGACAGCAACAGCAGGGAGACGACGAGUCCGCGCCGAUAAUCCAGAACGCGCGCAAUUCCGGAGGUAAUUAUAACUCCAUAUCACCGUCGACGACAACCUCGGCGCGGACGACGGGCGCGGAAACCGCAGGGACACGACAUAACGGCGCGCCGGGGGAGGUAGAGAGGGUGCGCGAGAACCAGCAGCGCGAGGCGGCAGAGCGCGAAGCUGCCGAGCAGGAGAGGAGGGAGAAGGGGAGGUGGAGGGCGUGGGUGGAGAAGUACGGGAGCGUGGAGCUGGAGAAUAAGGGGAGUGUUGCUAGGGAUCAUUUGGCGUUGGAGCGAACCUUCCUAGCCUGGCUCCGCACAUCCCUCGCCUUCGCAUCAAUAGGCAUAGCCGUAACCCAACUCUUCCGCCUCAACACCUCGCUCUCCCCCCGCUCCCCUGCCACCUCCCCCUCCACAUCCUCCUUCUCCCCAACCGCACACUCCCACUCCCGCCUCCGCUCCGUGGGAAAACCCCUCGGCGCGACGUUCAUCGGCAUAUCAGUGCUGAUACUGUUCAUCGGGUUCCACAGGUACUUCGAGGCGCAGCACUACGUGAUACGCGGGAAGUUCCCCGCGAGCAGGGGGAGCAUUAUUUUGGUGACGGGGGUUGCGGGCGCGUUGAUUGUCGGGAGCUUUGUUGUUGUGCUGGCGGUGGGGACGGCGGGGUUUGAGAAUUGAGAAUUGAGAAUUGAGAGGGAUGAGGGGUUGGGUUUUAAAUUUGUUUAUAUGGGGGGACCUUUUGUGAGGGAGUAGAUAAAAUGAUGAUAGAUUGAAUGGAAAGAGUGGUGGUUGGGGUGGUACUCUUGAAUAUUUGUUUGUUUAUUAGUCGUGUUAGUCCAUUCGAAGCAUUUCACGGCGAGAGAAUGAUUAUUGGAAAUUGGAUGAAUGAUAUGGGUAUCUCAGAGUGUUUCAUUUUUUUGUUUUCUCUUUUCUCUCGGAUAUGCUUUGUGCUGAAUGUCUCAGCGUGUCUAAUUUACUUCAAUCCUACAUCAUUCCCCCUUGAUAGU